GCAGAAUGGGUACGCCACCUUGUGCUGACUGACGACCAAGGCGAGAGAAGAGACGACCGUAUUCCGGUCUGCCGGCAGCUGCGCAGUGCGUACAGGCAGCAGGCGCGGGACACGAGAAAACGGCCAGCCCGCGCGGCGGCGGGGGCGACGCGACCACGCCCCUCGUGUUGCCCUGCCGGCGGCCGCACGGCAUCCAAGCCACGGCCGCCGCACGUCGCGCGCUCCCUUCGCCCGCACUCCACGCAACCAAAAUCAAAACCCGCGCCCAAACCACGCGCCGCACGCGACACUGCGAAGCGAACCCGACGAAAAAAAGAAGACCAGGCCAAGGAAGCGAAGCGAAGCAAGCGUCCGACCAACCGGCGGCGGCGGGGCGGAAUGGUGUUCAGCGCCGCGUUCCUGGCGGCGGCGGCGCGCGCGCCGGCGGAGCUGUGCCAGCGCCCGCCGCGCCCGGGGCGGCGGCGGCUGCGCGCGGACGAGGUCCUGCGCGCGCUCUUCCUGCCGCCUGCGCGGGAGCUCGGGCGCCUGGGGGACUUCCUCUUCGCCUUCUUCUGCCUGCCGCUGCCGGAGUACUACGUGCCCGGGUCCGGCCGCGGCGGCGGGUGGGUGGCGCGGGCGCCGGCUCUGUACACCUACCGGAGGUCGCUCUCGGUCGCCUCCUCGUCCUCGUCGUCCUUCUCGUCGUCGUCCAUGUCCUCGUCGGAGGAGGAUUGAUUGCUCGGGAGGAAUAGGAAAUUGUACAGAAUGUGGGCUGGAAGGACAUCAAGCUUUUACUCUGGAGGGUGGUGAGUCUGGCACGGAAUUGGCAAAUUCUGUGUCCUCACGCCAAGAACGAUCUUCUGAAGUUCACUUCCUCCCUAAAAGAACUGUCAAGAAGACCUGCAAGACUAACCAUUGGAUUUACAUGAAGAAGAACCAGCCUUCCUCGUGCUCUACUGAUCCUGAGGAAGGUGACCCUCUAAACAUGAAGACUUGGAGUGAACAGCUGAAGGAGAUGGAGCAUGCAUUAGGUGUCGAUUUGAAUCGCCGGUGGUGCCCCCCUGAUGGUGCCCUUUGGGUCUGUUUCUCCGCUUGUGCUAGCUUCGCCCUCUAAACUAUAUACGUGAAUGUUCUUCUGUCUUGACUAAGACGGUGGCUAUGCCCUAAAACUUAAAAAAGAAUUCGAUUAGGUUUGUUCAAUUCUUUUUCUCCCUCUGUAUAUAUCGAUUUUUUCCCCGAAAAUAAACAUUCAAUGUCCUUGUGAACUAGAAGUUGAACUGAUAUUUUUCGCUUUCAUUCCUCACAGGUUUAGCUCUUUAAAGCGAGCGAUUUCAUUUUUUGCCAGAAUUCUCCACCGUUUGCCAUGAAAUUGUUUUAAGAGGAAAAAACAAUGGGCUUGACAGGCCACGUAGAUUUAUACAUGGGCCAUCUCUGCUCGCCGGUGCGUGAAAAGCCUAAUACGGAUAGAGAAGAGGACUUUCAGGUUGGGCCUCCUAAUACGAUGGCAGCCCGCUACCCAGUUCGGUCCACGCGCUAACCCGCCGUGGCGGACGCGCAGUCAUGCCGAGCCGACGCUGCCGGCGAA